CAUAAUCGUUUUCGUUCUCGAAAAGGAAUUGAAUGAUUGCUACAAAUGUACUUGGUGUGUGCAAUACACAAAUGCAAUUCAUCUAUGUGUCUCCUGGGUGGGAGGGAUCAGUCGCAGAUGGUAGAGUUUUGCGAGAUGCUCUCACAAGAAGGUUUCGAGUUCCACAAGGAUGUUACUACUUGGUUGAUGGGGGAUAUGGUAACUGUGAAGGAUUUCUUGCGCCAUAUAGAGGACAAAUGUAUCAUUUGUCUGAAUGGCAAAACAAUCGUCAACCCCAUAACGCGCGUGAGUAUUUUAAUAUGAAGCUUUCACAAGCUAGGAAUGUGAUCGAACGUGGAUUUGGAUUACUUAAGAAUCGAUGGGCCAUUUUACGGAGUGGAUCGUGGUAUUCUAUACGUGUGACCUGUAAGAUAAUAAUGACAUGUGCCCUAUUACAUAACUUCAUUCGACGUGAACACGAUAUUGAUCCAAUGGAGGACAAUGAUAUAGAAGAAGAGGAAGAUGUCGAUGAAGAAGAAGACGCAGAAGUCCACUGGGGUGGAGUUGAUUUACGCCCUACUGAAGCAUGGACUGCGUUUCGAGAAGAUUUAGCAACAGAAAUGUACACCGUUUGGCAAUCAUAAAUACAAUUUCGUCUCUCUGUUUAUUUUCAUAAUAUGUAAUGUGACUGGAACUUAC